UGCCCGCACUGGCGGGCAUGACAGUGGCGGAGAAGGUGGGGCAGAUGAUGCAGAUCGACGAGCGGGCGCUGGGGCUGGGAGGCAACGUCACUGAAUACUAUAUCGGAUCAAUUCUUAGUGGGGGAGGCGGGUGGCCGCAGUACGCCCCCAACACCCCUACAGCAUGGGCCGACAUGGUGGAUAACUUCCAGGCUAAGGCGCUCAAGACGCGCCUGCGCAUCCCUCUGGUGUACGGCGUGGACGCGGUGCACGGCCACAACAACGUGUUUGGGGCGACUGUGUUCCCGCACCACGUGGGGCUGGGGGCUGCUGGAAAUGCUACCCUGGUGGAGGAGAUAGCUGCUGCUGUUGCCAAGGAAGUGGCAGCGACUGGCAUCCGGUGGACCUUCUCCCCCGCUGUGACUGUGUGCCUGGACCCCCGCUGGGGCCGCUGCUAUGAGAGCUUCGGAGCGGAUCCAGGGCUUGUAACGGAGAUGGCUAUAGCGGAGAUACGCGGAUGGAUGAAAGUCCCUUAUGAGGCGGGGAACUUUCCAGGAACCGUCUUCAUGGCGCCGACAGCGAAGCAUUAUGUGGGGGACGGGGGCACGCGGGGAGGCGUGGACCGGGGGGAGACGGUUGGGGGGGAGGCGGUGCUGAGACACGUGCACCUGCCGCCGUAUGUAGCAGCUGUAGCAGAGGGGGUGCCGACGAUCAUGGCCAGUUAUAGCAGCUGGAAUGGCGUUAAGAUGCAUGGGAACAGCUAUCUCCUCACGGACGUCCUUCGUAAGGAGAUGGGCUUUCUGGGCGUGCUCGUUUCUGACUGGGAGGCGCUCAAGGAGCUUCCAGGAAGCUACGAGGACCAGGUUGCCCUUGGGGUGAACGCAGGACUAGACAUGAUCAUGGUUCCCAAUGAUUUUGCCAACUUCUCCUCCACCCUCACCUCUCUCAUCAACUCGGGCCGCGUUCCAAUGUCGCGUAUCGACGAGGCCGUGUCACGCGUUCUCUCCCUCAAACACUCCCUGGGUCUCUUUGAUAAAGACCUAGUCUGCGCCCGCCACUCCUCCUCCUUCUUCUCCUCCUCUUCCUCCUCUCUCUCCUCCCGCUUCCUCCCCUUUUUCGGCUGCCCGGAGCACCGCCAACUUGCCCAGAAAGCUGUAGCAGCGUCGCUGGUGCUUCUGCAGGACUCGUGGAGGAGAGGGGGGAAUGGCGGUGGGUACAAUGUUGCUGUGUGGGGCCGGGGCAGGAAGAAAAUGUUUCCUCUGCCCGUGGAUGGGGCAAGAAUUGUGGUUGCGGGCAGCCAUGCAAACGACAUCGGGAGGCAAUGUGGGGGUUGGACAAUCUCCUGGCAAGGAGAAGCGGGGCCCAUAACCAAAGGCACCACCAUCUGGCAAGGAAUUAAAGAGCUAAUUUCUGGCCGGGCGGCUAGUCUCACGUACAUUGGAUACCCACCUGAAGACGACCGUUACGAAAACGGCACGAGGAAAAGGCCGAUCGAAGCCACCCGGGAGGCCGCAGCAGCGUGGGUGAAGCGAGCGAGGAGCGUCGAAGCGGACCUUGGGAUUGUUGUUGUAGGGGAGCCUCCUUAUGCUGAGUACAAAGGGGAUAAUCAGCAGCUGGAGCUAAGUGGCCCUGCCCGGUCGACAAUUUUUGGGAUUUGCAACCAGAUUCCUUGUGUCGUGGUGGUGGUUUCUGGGCGGCCACUAAAUGUUACCGGGAUGUUACCGCAUCUCGAUGCAUUGAUAGCUGCCUGGUUACCAGGGUCAGAAGGUAACGGGGUAGCCGACGUGCUAUUUGACGAGACGGUGGAUUUCAAGGGGAAGUUACCCUUGCCGUGGUUUCGCUCGGUCAGAGACCUGCAGCCGGACCAUUCCCCUGGCCCCAACCCCCCACUCUUUCCAAUGGGGUUCGGCUUGAAUAAGGCUGGUAAUCCAAUGGGUACAGUGGAUGGGGAGGGGGCACCCUAAGAUAGCUGUGACCACUGUAUAAUGUAACCACUGUAUGGUAACCAUCAUCGGAUGUAUGGACCACUGUAGCAUGUGAUUAUGGUAGGUAGGUAUGGUCAGUCAAGGCCACGAGGUGGCUAGUGUAUAUCUGCCCAAAACAGUUUGUAAGACUGUGUCACUCUUUUAAACCUCCAUCCAUGUCAAACGCUUUAACAA